CACCAUUCACAACUUGAAGCUCAGCUUCGGCAUCUCCUUCCGCUUCUGGUUUGUUCGCCAAAAACAUUUACACGCACACACACACGCACGCACCAACAGCAGCAACAUUCCCACUCCAUCCACCUAUGUCUGCUACUUCCAAUCCCAUUAUUCCGAACUCCAUCACUUCAUCCAAUCAAACUCCCUCAAUUGUAAUCUCUUGAGACCAAGUUAAUACUGCUUCUAAUACUGCUAAUACAUGUACUAACACAUGAAUUGAGUUUUCCCCCCCUUUUUUUUGUUCAUUUUAAGAGGUUAUACACUAAGAGAGAAAUCUGUCUCUCUAGCUCACUUGUAGUGUAACUGUACAAGAUUAUACUUGACUUGUUAUUCUUGAGCUGGGUUUUAACUGCAAUUGUUGAUUUUUCUAAAAAAAAUAAUUUCAAAAGACUCUUUAUAUUACACUCCAACUUGGUAGUUAUGGAUGAGAUGUACGACCUCCACUCUAGCGGUCAUGACUAUGCAGACAAGGCCUUGAUCUCACCCGAGAACUUGAUGAUGGCUGCCGAUUAUAGUUACCAAAGCUUUAUAUCUCCAUUGAACGAUCAUCACCGGAGUCAUAUAUAUGGAUCAGAUGAUCAUGUAGCUGCAGCAGCAGCAGCUGCGAGUCGGUUUCAGUGUUCGGCGAGUAUUUCGGAAGCUGCUUCGAUCACUCCUGAAGAUAUCCAAAGAGGCAGCAGCAGAUGCGGUUUUGGUGGUGAAGAUGAUAUUCAUGCUGCUGAGGAUGCUUGCAGCGUAAUCAAGGCCAAAAUUGCUUCCCAUCCUUCUUAUCCAAAACUUCUUGAUGCUUAUAUCGAUUGCCAGAAGGUGGGAGCUCCGCCGGAAAUAGCGGGUUUCUUGGAUGAGAUCAGGCAAGAAAACGGGGGCUUUUGUAAAGGGAACGCUAUUUCCACGUGCUUGGGAGCCGAUCCUGAGCUCGACGAGUUCAUGGAAACCUACUAUGACAUACUGGUGAAAUACAAAUCUGAUCUUUCGAGACCUUUCAAUGAAGCUACUACCUUCCUGAACAAGAUUGAAAUGCAGCUUGGCAACCUUUGUAAAGAUGAUGGUGCAGUAUCAUCAGACGAUGAACUAAGUGGUGUGGAGACAGAUGUGCAAGAUUCCCAAACAAAAGCUGAAGACCGAGAACUCAAGGAAACGCUAUUGCGUAAAUAUGGAAAUCACAUAAGCAGCUUAAAAUUGGAAUUCUCAAAGAAGAAAAAGAAAGGAAAGCUUCCCAAGGAGGCCAGGCAGAUCUUGCUUGAAUGGUGGAAUGUUCACUACAAAUGGCCGUACCCAACUGAAGCUGAUAAAAUUUCGCUGGCUGAAUCAACCGGACUUGAUCAGAAGCAGAUUAACAAUUGGUUCAUUAACCAGAGGAAGCGGCAUUGGAAACCCUCCGAGAAUAUGCAGUUAGCUGUUAUGGAUAGUCUGUCUGGACAAUUUUUUGCUGAUGACUAGGGUUUUUCUUUUGUAAUACAUUUUCACAUUUAUGCUUAUUUUCUGGGAAAUGCUUUGUUCAUGUAUAUUCAUGUGGAUGAACUAAUUGAUGAAAGGACACUCUAGUUCUUUUCCAAAUAAAACUCUCUCAUUUCUCUCCUCA